CCAUGUUGGUCACGUGAGCCGACGUGCCGGCGCCACCGUGCCUUAGCAACCGUUACCAAGGGCCCGGCGACUCAGAAGGAGCGAUUCCUUCAGCAAGAGAGGGGGAGGGGGCGGUUUCGCUGGGCCUUUCGGGUAAAAUCUGAGGUAAUGAAGGAGUGGGGAUGGGAGAGGACGAAGUUUAAGGGGGAGGACCCCCUUCAGCGGUGGCAAAAUGAGUGACCAACUUAAGUUCAUCAUUGAGAAGCUCAAUAAGGAUCCCUUUAAGAAGAACUUCAAUCUGAUCACCUUCGACUCUUUGGAGUCCAUGCAGCUGUUACAAUUACUCAGUGAUGUUCUGGGAGAGAUUGACCCAAAGCAUGUUGUUGACAUUAGAGAAGAGUCGCCAGAGCAGACUGCUAAACGGAUGUUGAGCCUUCUCGGUAUUCUGAAAUAUAAACCUCCAGGAGGUACCAGUGACUUGAGCACGUUCCGCCAAGGUUUAGUAACUGGAAGCAAGCCUGUGAUUCAUCCUGUCUUGCAUUGGCUCCUCCAGCGGACAAACGAGCUCAAGAAAAGAGCCUAUCUGGCCCGCUUCCUAAUCAGAGUAGACGUGCCAGUGGAGUUCCUGCAGGAUGAUACAGUGGCUGAUACUAACAGACAGUAUGAAGAGUUGAUGGAAGCCUUCAAAAACCUCCAUAAGGAAUGUGAACAGCUCAAGAUGUCUGGUUUCUCAACUGCAGAAAUACGAAGGGAUAUCACUGCCAUGGAGGAAGAGAAGGAUCAACUGAUCAAAAGAGUCGAGCGUCUUAAGAAGCGGGUGGAGACAGUGCAGAAUCAUCAGCGGAUGCUUGAGACGGCGAGGCAGCUGCGAGUAGAGAAAGAGAGAGAAGAAUCUCUUGCCCAGCAGAAGCAAGAACAGAAAAACCAGCUUUUUCAUGCAGAGCAGAGGCUUCAGAGAGUCCAACUCCAGCUCAAAGAUAUGCGUCAUGCAGCUGUGGAUUCCAAGCCAGAAAGCUUAAUGAAGAGACUGGAAGAGGAGAUAAAGUUCAAUUCGUACUUGGUGUCUGAAAAGUUUCCUAGAGAGCUGGAAACGAAGAAACGGUUGCUGCACCUCUUGCAAGAAGUAGUUUCAGAGCCAGCGAUGGGCCAAUCUGAUCUCAACGAGCUUGAAACCAAAAUUAGUGAGGUCAAUGCACAAAUCAAUCAGCUGAUUGAGAAGAGGAUGAUGAAGUAUGAACCGAUUGAUAGCAAAUUUUCAAUGUACCGGCAGCAGGCCUCCAUCAUUUCCCGGAAGAAAGCGGCUAAGGCAGAAGAGGUUCAGGCUGCCAAGGAGGAGAUGACAAACUUAGAGAGGCAAAUGUUGCAGAAGUCAAACCAAGCUCAGGAGAUGAGCGGCACCGAAGUCUUGAAAGGCGACGAGUUCAAGCGCUACGUUAACAAGCUCCGAAGCAAAAACACGCUCUACAAAAAGAAGCGCCUGGAAAUAGCAGAAAUUACCGCCGAGUACGGGAUACUGCAGAGGACGGAAGAACUCCUCCGGCGGCAGCACGAGGACCUCCAGCAGCAAUUGCAAGCCAUUGAGGCCAAGAAGGGCAUCUCUGGAUACAGCUAUACACAGGAGGAGCUGGAGAGAGUGUCAGCAGUCAAGAGCGAAAUGGAUGAAGUGAAGGGGCGCACUCUGGAUAGCAUGUCCGAAAUGGUGAGAAAGCUGAACGCUCUGGUGGCAGAUAAGAAGUCCAGCCUCGCGCCCAUUAUCAAAGAUUUGAGGCAGUUGCGACAGAAGUGUCAGGAAUUAACUCAAGAAUGUGAAGAGAAAAAAACCCAGUAUGACAGCUGUGCAGCGGGGUUGGAGAGCAGCCGUUCUGCCCUGGCACAGGAGGUGAAAGUUCUUCAUGAGGCGUGUGGGCAGGAGGAAAGCCGUUACCACCAUCUCAAUUUCAUGAAAAAGAUUCUGGAUGUCCAGCUCCAGCGUGCCAAAGAUGAGAUGAAGAUGUAUGUCUCUUCUGAUCCCCAGGAGAGAAGGAAGGCAAUUAGGGAACAGUAUUCCCGGAUGAUCACAGAGCAAGACAACUUGGGAAAGAAACUACGAGAGAAGCAAAAAGCUGUCCGGGAGAGCCAUGGCCCGAAUAUGAAGCAAGUGAAAAUGUGGCGGGAUUUUGAGCUGCUGAUGGAGUGCAAGAAGGAGUGUUUCCUAAGGCAACAGAACCAGGUCUCCAUUGGCCAGGUCAUUCAGGAAGGAGGAGAAGACCGGCUGGUAUUAUGAACUCUGGCUGCCUUCAAUUCCCCUUAGACCCUGGCUCUUAAGAAUAGUGCUUUAGUUCUCCAGCCUCUUUGGCACGGGGUACAGUUUAACCAGAGUUUAGGAGCUCGAUCGUAAGAGGUGGUUUGGCAUGAAGCUGGGAAUAUUUUGGCCACCCCUCAUUUUAAGGAAAAUAAACUCCUCCUAAUGGAAGGUCAUUCCCAUCCCUUGGAGGCCAUCCCAAGUGGCUUGAUGGCAAAGGCAGGGAACUCCAGCACUUGGAGAGCACAAGGUCAAGCACACCCAUUUGGUGAGUUGUCUCUUUCUCCAGAGAAGCUGAGUGGGGAGGUUAUGUUUCCCGGCAAUUCCCUCGCAGUUGGCAUUCUCAUUCUGGUCUCUGUUGGGGAAACAGUUUCUAGACCAGUGGUGGCAAACCUUUGGCACUCCAGAUGUUAUGAACUACAAUUCCCAUCAGCCCCUGCCAGCAUGGCCAAUUGGCCAUGCUGGUGGGGCUGAUGGGAAUUGUAGUCCACAACAUCUAGAGUGCCAAAGGUUCGCCACCAUGGUUCUAGACCAUCCUUUGGGGAGCCACACCUGCAACCAAGAGCCCCACCUGCUCCACUCAGUCACGGGCCAGCCCAACAUUUUGCCCCCAUCUGUGCAUUCCAGGAAUUGUACCAGUUCCGCAUCUAGGGGGCAAGGGCAAAACUUAAAGGACCUGACCUGACUUUUCAGCCCCUUCCCUGUACAUUUCCUUAGCAAUAUUUGAUGCUUCUGUCUGUCUGCUCCUUAAUUGACACCAGAAGCCGUCACAUGUUCAUUUGUUAAAGCUCCAGCCCCAUCUGUUCCAGCUGCAUUUUGAUAGCACCCCAAGAGCUGGGCUCUUUGCAAGAGUGUGGUGGCCUUUGGUGAAUAGUUGUUUUAAAGAUGAUGUCGUUCUGAAUGGGAGGCUUCAUCUAGGGUAGGAAUACCAGCCUCAGCUCCCCUUGCAGAAAUGGCCAGUUACCACAACCGCCCUGAUGACUGCUGUGUGUCUUCAUGUUCCCCUCUGUUGCCCUUGAUGCUCCCAAAUUUAGAAGCUGUCUCAAACACACUCUUUCCUCCACGACCUUUCUGCUUUUUUGAAAUUAACAUUCCCAAUUUAAGGUUCUAGAUGGUUGCUUUCUUGAAGCCUUUAAAUUUCCAGUUAAGUCACUUUAGGAAUAUUUGAAACAAAGGCAAAUCUUUUCAUUUUAACAAUACUUUCAGCUUUGUGACAAUGUUGGCAUUUUAGCCUUCUGAAAGAAUCUGUGGCCAUCUGCUCUCCGCCUUUCUGUAUCGGCUGGUAAACAGACUCAAUUUAUAUUGUUAAUGCAGCUACAAAGGCAAUAAAGUUUAUCAUUGACCAUG